CUCAAGAUUCUCGCUAAGAUUCUCUUCUUUCAGGAAGUGAUUUGUCGCGGUUUCCAAAAGCCGAGCCUCGGCUUCUCGUUUUUUCAUGCACAAAACCACAUUUUAAGAGCAGCUCUCCUCAGGCACCGAAUCAUAACCCAGCAUCACCUCCAGCCCCGCGCCUGACAGUCUGGCUCACCACUGAUUUGCUAAUCUGUGCGUCAUGAUCUGUGUCCGGCGCAAACAGCCGCAGUGCCACAUGAAACUGCGUCAUAUAACAGACAGCUGAUCAGCAGAGCGGCACUAUGGCGCUCUUCACACUCCGAUAAGGUUUCUCAAAUCGCCUCGCACACUCUGUGUAAUUUACAUGAGUUAUCAUGGAGGAAAAUUUUGAUUUUUGAUUUUUUUUCCCCCACCUCUUUCUGUUCUAAUUGAAGCUCCACACCGCGGGCUGCGCCUCCGCGUUUCCUCUGGCCCCUGCCUCCACCUCUGCCCUGCUUCUCUGAUUGAGUAAGUGAGAGGCUGCAGCGUCAUCGCUCCUCCGGCUCUGAUGGACUGAUCCAUGAGGACGCGGCGGCGACUCGGAUGAACCUGGAAAAAAAAAAAGAAAGCAAAAACAAGUCCUAACUUUUAAAUCUAGUCAUCAUCUUCUGCUCAUUCGGGACUGUUUUUCCGUCACGAAAGCGGGACGGAGGUGAAACGCUCAGUUAAAAACUCUGAGUUGAGUGGAAAAACAAGCGGAAGAGACGCGGGCCCCCCCGCUGCGGCUCUCUGCUGUCUACCUGCCGCCGCUCAGCGGGCGGUCAGCCUCGGUGACACCUGUCCGAGCCGACACCUGGCGGACGGCAUGGACGCCUGCGCGCAUGCUCCGUUGUCAUGUGAAAGUCUCUUAAAACGCUCGGGAUGUCAGCGGCUCAGAUCAAAUCUGUAAACAGGACGCCAGCCGCCAGGUCUCCUCCUUCUGCUCAGCAGCUGGAUCCCCGUCAUUAACCCUCGCUCUCUCUUCUUCCUCCCCAUCAUCCCCUGCACACACAACCACACGCGCGCGCGCACACACACACCACACAACACACACAUACACUAAAGAUGCCUCGUUCCUUCCUGGUGAAGAGUAAGAAGGCGCACAGCUACCACCGACCGCGGACUUUGGAGGAUGAUUACAGCAGGCUGGACACGAUACUGGCUCACAUCUGUUCAGAUACCGAUAAGCUCCCGGAGGAGGACGCCGACCUUUCGGCGGACAGCUACGGCCUCUCUCCGGCCUCCCACCCGGGCGAAGCUGCGGACUUCUCCCCCAGGUCUCCGCUGAGCUGCGCCGACAGUUUGUGCGCUCGCUCCGCGGACUAUGAGGACUUCUGGCGGCCUCCGUCCCCAUCCGCGUCGCCUGUUGACUCCGAAAAAUCGCUUUCUCCCCUGGUGGGUGAAACCCAGCCCUUCACCGUCCCUUUCCGGCCGUACGCCUGGAGCAGCUACCCGGGGCCGGAGCUGGAGGUGCGGCGGCCCGUGGCGCAGCGGAGCCUCCAUCCCGGCCUGGAGGUGGACGCCAGCCCGGCGGUGAUGGCGCUCUACGCGGAACGGAGCUGCCACCCGGCCGUGUUUGCAGAGCGGGCCCUGGCGGAGGAGCCUUACGGGGACUACCGGAGGCAGGCUGCCGCGCUGCUGUUCCCUGAAGUCGGCCUGCACGGGAAGGCGGCCGAUGGGAAGGCCCGGCCCGACCUGCUCUGCUCCAGCCUCAUUCUGAACGGCGCGUACAAGUGCGUCAAGUGCGGGAAGGUGUUCUCCACCCCGCACGGCCUGGAGGUCCACGUCCGCAGAUCGCACAGCGGCACGAGGCCUUUUGCGUGCGACAUUUGCGGCAAAACGUUCGGCCACGCCGUGAGCCUGGAGCAGCACAAAGCGGUGCACUCUCAGGAGAGAAGCUUCGACUGCAAAAUUUGCGGCAAAAGCUUCAAGCGCUCCUCCACGCUAUCCACGCAUCUGCUCAUCCACUCGGACACGCGGCCCUACCCGUGUCAGUACUGCGGGAAGAGGUUCCACCAGAAGUCCGACAUGAAGAAACACACAUUCAUCCACACGGGCGAGAAGCCGCACAAAUGCCAGGUUUGCGGGAAAGCGUUCAGCCAGAGCUCCAACCUGAUCACGCACAGCAGGAAACACACCGGAUACAAACCGUUCGGCUGCGACCUGUGCGGGAAAGGCUUCCAGAGGAAGGUGGACCUACGGAGGCACAAAGAGACACAGCACGGACUGAAGUGAGACAGAAGACCGAGCUGCAGUCCGGCCUUCACUCCGGGAGGGAAGGAGACAGAGCUGGAGCCACCGGAGGAGGAAAACAACUGUUUUUUUUUUUUUUCCUUUUCUCAACACAUACUUUCUUCCAUUUUUAAUGAACUGAAAAUUCAAGACAAUUUGGAUCCCAUCGACUUGUUUUUUAUUUUUUUAUUUUAUCUUAUAAUUUGUAUUAUUUAUAGGUGCGGUGAAAAAAAAACACGAGCAACACUAAUGACAGCAUCCUCCCUCCUUUUCUUUUUAGAUCCCCCUCUGCUCCACCCCUUCAUCUCCUCCCAUUUAAUUUCUUUUUUAAAGCCAGAGAUAAGCUGUGAGCUGUGGAGGAAAAAUGAGAGAGACAAAUGGCAGAUGUGUUCAGAUAAAGCAUGAUUUAAAUAACUCUGUUAAACGGACAAUAAACGCACCUGAUAAAGAUCUGCUCUUUCUGCAAAGACUGGAGGUGUUGUUGUUUUCAUCUGGCAGAGAUGAGGGCAAAACAGACACUCUCUCUCUCUCUCUUUCUUUCUCUCUUUUUCUGUUUCUCUCUCUCUCUGCCAGCUGCAGGGAUCGGCUCUGUUGUUCUGUCAGAAGAAACGAUGAUUUUACUGUUAAAAUAAACACAGAUGAAAUUCUA